CGGCAAGGAGUCAGGCGGCACGAGGACAGCCCCGGAGUGCCGAAAGUCCCCAGCCCGCUUUCCUCCGGUGAAGACGUAGCUGCGGGUGGCUGUGCUGGUGGCGGCGGCGUCCAAGAUGUCGACCAAGAAUUUCCGAGUCAGUGACGGUGACUGGAUUUGCCCUGACAAAAAAUGUGGAAAUGUAAACUUUGCCAGAAGAACCAGCUGUAAUAGAUGUGGUCGGGAGAAAACAACUGAGGCUAAGAUGAUGAAAGCAGGGGGCACUGAAAUAGGAAAGACACUUGCAGAAAAGAGCCGAGGUCUAUUUAGUGCUAAUGACUGGCAGUGUAAAACUUGCAGUAAUGUGAAUUGGGCAAGAAGAUCAGAGUGUAACAUGUGUAAUACUCCAAAGUAUGCUAAGUUAGAAGAAAGAACAGGAUAUGGUGGCGGCUUUAAUGAAAGAGAAAAUGUUGAAUAUAUAGAAAGAGAAGAAUCUGAUGGCGAAUAUGAUGAGUUUGGACGUAAAAAGAAAAAAUACAGAGGGAAGGCAGUUGGUCCAGCAUCUAUUUUAAAGGAAGUUGAAGAUAAAGAAUCUGAGGGAGAAGAAGAGGAUGAGGAUGAAGAUCUUUCUAAAUAUAAAUUGGAUGAGGAUGAGGAUGAAGAUGAUGCUGAUCUCUCAAAAUAUAAUCUUGAUGCCAGUGAAGAAGAAGAUAGUAAUAAAAAGAAAUCUAAUAGACGAAGUCGCUCAAAGUCUCGAUCUUCACAUUCACGAUCUUCAUCACGCUCAUCCUCCCCCUCAAGUUCAAGGUCUAGGUCCAGGUCCCGUUCAAGAAGUUCUUCCAGUUCGCAGUCAAGAUCUCGUUCCAGUUCCAGAGAACAUUCGAGAUCUCGUGGGUCGAAAUCAAGAUCCAGCUCCAGAUCCCACAGGGGCUCUUCUUCCCCACGAAAAAGAUCUUAUUCAAGUUCAUCAUCUUCUCCUGAGAGGAACAGAAAGAGAAGUCGUUCUAGAUCUUCAUCUGGUGAUCGCAAAAAAAGACGAACAAGAUCACGGUCACCCGAAAGCCAGGUGAUUGGUGAAAAUACUAAACAACCCUGAGCCCAGGGCCAACCGCUCGGAACACCACUACUUUACCCAGGCACCACAGGUCAUCUUCUGGAUCAUCCCAUUCUGGUUCCCGUUCAAGUUCAAAAAAGAAAUAAUGUAUUAAAAUUUACAUCUUAAAAAAAAAAUCCAGUACAGUGCAUGAAGCAUAUUUUUUAAGAAGUUGGUGUCUUACUUGGUCAAAGUGCUAAGUCUUCUAGUAGAGGUGCAUGCCUUUCAUUGCUUUUCAGAACAAUACAGCUGUGUUUAUUUGUGAAAUUAAAAGUAAAUGGUAUUUUAAGCCAUAAUGUCCCAAAAUAGAUGCUCUAUUUAUCGUUCUUUAUUUACAGUCAUUUUUUUUAAAAAAAAACCCAUCUCAUCUAUAACGAAGUACUUUGCUUCUUUUGGUUUUUUGUUUUUGUUUACUUGGUUUCCUAAUUUGAACUCUUGUUUUCCUCAUUUCCAAAUAGGAAUUGUUUAGUGACAAGGUUACCUUAGGCUUGCCUGAACUUUGGGCAUGGAGGCAAGACUGUGGUGAAGUAGUUGGAAACAGUCUGUUUAUGUUAAUCUGAGAAAAGGAGUCAGCCUGUGUAUGCUAACCUAUGUCAAACUGAUUCUUCUCGGAAAAGUUAAACUAGUUGUAAAACAGCCAACUAGAAACUUUAUUCUUAAAUUCCCUAUGCUAAGGGUGCCUUAGAAUCAUUCUGUCUUUUAUUCAGUUUUGCUUUUUGCACCACAUUUCAUGCAGAAAAAUCUUGUGAAUUGUAGAAGGAGAAAGGUGUUCCAUAUUUCUCACUCUGACACAUCAUUUGAGCAAGAAUAUCUAACAGUUCAUUUCUAAUCUGAUAAGGUUGUCUGAUGAGGAAAACAUCUUAUGUUCAAAAUGUUUAUCUUAAUAUUUUAAGAAGCUUUGUGUGAUGUCUUUUAAAAAUCCAUUAUCACACAUGAUAGGGUAGACAAAGCUAAAUUAUAGUUAAUGAAGAAAGCUUCUGAAGUAUAGUUCUCUUUGGGUGAAUGACAAACAGAGACAUUGUUAAUUUAAGCAAACCUUUGCUGUGAGAUGUUUAACUUUAAACACUUAAUAAAAUUUUUUUGAGUUAUAAAUGAAUAUUUAUUUCUGCACAACACAAGCAGAAAUAAUUGUUCCUGUUCAUUUGAAAUUACGUAUGGCUUAAAAUACUUUCAGAGUUUGUCUUAUUUCUCAAAAUUAAAAUCUGGUCACAAGCUUUAUUAUGUCUUUUGGUUUAAAAACAAAAGGUUUCUCUUAACAGUAUCUUCAGUGACAAUGCAAGGUAAGUAUGUUAAGGAAGAUCAGCAGUUGUGCUUGAGGACUUUUUGUCAUGGGGAUCAAUACCCAUUAUUCUUGUUCUGUUUUUUGGGGGGUUUUUUUUGAACAGUAAUGUCUUCUGCAAUUAAAAACUAAAAUGCUUUAAGGCAUUUUGUAGACAGACCAAACAAAAUUAUAUUUGUUUCUUUAUUUUAAAAUGAGUGGUUUUUCUCUUCACUUGAUCUAAAGAUGAAAUCAAAAUAUCUUAUGUAGGAAUAUUUUGAUAAUAUUUUUACAAUGAACUUGCCCCUUGUUUUUUUUUGUCUUAAUUUUCUUUCCUACAUUUACUGUAGUUUGCACAAGAACUUUUCUCUCUUGUAAUUGUGCCUCAGACUUCUUGAAAGUCCACCUCCUAAAAUGCCCAGAUGAUCUUUUAGAUUUUACAUGUUACUAUUGGUUUAUUCUUGUGCUUUCUGUAUUUAAACUUUGGCUGUACUAAAUAAAUGCAAGAUUAUAAAUUUAGCUAAUAGUUGUUUACAGACAAUUCAGAUGAUUAUGAUUUCAUUUGGUUUAACUAAAUUGUAGUAGUCCAUAAGGAAAUGAUGCUGUAGACAAAUGUAAAUAAAGCUUGUGAGUCAAGCAUCAAGUGGUGUUUGUUAGAAAUAAAUUAGAAAUUUUAAAUGCUGAUUUAAUGUUCAUUUUUAAAGCUAUUUGCAGCCUUGUUUGUUACUUCUCAUUUUAAACUCUUUAUAUUCACUUACUGCUGCAGCCUUUUGCAUCAAGGGUUCAAGGAUCUGGAGAAGGGGCUGCAACAUAAACGGAUACACUAGACAAGAAAUAUAAAUUUAGGAGGCAUGGGGGAAAGCCAGGCAGAGAACUCCCCCUCUAGUGGAGUGGUUUUCUGAAUCUCCGGACCCACGGCUUUUUAUUUACUAGAAUAUAUAUACAUUUGCCCUUUAGCAAAGCAAACAGACAUUUCAUUGGUAAGGUUUGAUAAACAGUAAAAAAUUAACAGGUUAGGAGAUCGCCUUCAGCCAUUUGGCCAGCAGCAGGAUAAUAUAAUGCUGAUUUUUUUUUCAGCCCUGCUGAGUAUCAAAGUCCAUCAGCCUUCUGAGGACUUCUUGCAUUUAUGACCUGCUGGUCUUAGCCUCCAGCAACUUACCCUGUAUAUAACGUCAUCUUAUUUUCGUAUAGGAGUGCUUGGUUUAAAACAUUAUAAAGCAUCACUAUCACCUUGGGUACUCAAAAAUCAGAAAGAAUCACUGAUCAGCUGCCUCCUGCAUGCCCCACACUGGUAAUCAAGCCCACAACCCAGGCAUAUGGCCUGACUGGGAACAGAACCCAUGUCCUCCUGGCUCCUGGAUCAAUGCUCAACAACUGAGCCAUGCUGUUCAGGCUCUGAAUUACUCUGAAAACUCACUUUAUUGCACUCAAUAACUGUUCUUUUUAACUGCUAAGUUAUCUUAAGUUUCUAUUUGCAGUCCUUUCACCAAGUUCAGAGUAAGCCUUAAAUGUAAGAUCAUCUCUAGGCACAUUUAUCAAGAUAAAACAAUUCUUGUCUCAAAAAAGCUUCCUGUCUCAUCUCUUGCUAUGUGGCAUUCAUAGCCUGUCUUACAAAUGUUGGUAAGAAGAUAGGUAAUUAAAAGUCAUUUAAGGUAUGUAAUAAGUGGUUUAUAGGUAUUAUUUAAUUUUCUCUGUCACCCUUACAUAAUAUGUCCCAUUUAACAUAAAGGAGGAUUACACAGCUUAAGGAAAUGAAAAACUUGCCCAAGGGAGCCACGGGUGUGGCUGAACGAGGAUUAACCCCCAAAUCUGAUGGCAAAAUUCAGUAUUACCUAUAAUAACCAAAUAAGCUUUUUGAGAAGAUAAUGUUAAGCCAAAAUGGUCAGAUGUUUUUUAAUCCAGUGAUUUUUAUUUAUAAGAAGGUGAUCAUCUCAGUCAUGUAUGGGAAGAUAGGUAGACAUGUUCAGUUUGUGGAAUACCUUAAAUUUACAGAAAAGUUGUGAAGAUUAUAGAGAGAGUUUCCAUAAACUCCCCAUCCAGUUUCUACCAUCGUUAAGAUAUUACCACAUAUUUUUGUAAAAACUAAGAAAGCAGCAUUGGUAUAUUACAGUUCAGAUUUGAUUUUAAUUUUAACAUUUUUCCAUUACUUUGUUCUUAGAUCCAAUCCAGGUACCACAUUUUCCUCUCUGGUCUGACAUUUUUUCUUUGCUUUUGAUGACUGACAAUUUUAAGGAAUAUUGGCCGGGUAUCCUGUAAAUGUCCUCUUAUUUUAAGUUUGUCUAUAUUUUUCUUUGUUAUUAGACUGGGGGUAUGGGUUUUUGGAAUAUGAAUACCAUAGAGGAAAAAUGCCUUACCACAUCAUACCAGGGUUACAUGGUAUCCAUAUGACAUCACUGGAGGUGUUAACCUUCAUCACUUGGUUAAGGUAGGAAUUGCUCUAAUACACUAUUGUAGUUAGUUUCUUUCCUCUUAGCCUACUCCCAUUUUUUGGUAGCAAAUCAUUAAGUAUAGCCCACCUUCAGCGUAGGGAUGGGAGUGGCAGUAUUAAAUGCCGUCUUCUGUGGGGGAAGGCUUUCUCUUCAUAAUUUGGAUUCUUCUGUAAGAAAGUUUUGUCUACUUCUUGGACUCAUAUAUAUUUAUUUAUUUUAGACUUUAGGUCAUAGUUCAGUGCAGUGUUUAGUUUAUGGUUCAAAUUGUUCCAUCUUUAGCCAUUGGGAAUUUUUUCAGGUUGGCUCCUGUGUCUUUGACAUGCCUCCAUACUCCAGUAGAAUGGAAAGUAAAUGAUGGAGAGAAGGAAGAAGUGUUAGAGAGGUUCGUCGAAUACUUAAUGGAAGGGGAUCUAGCAAUGUGGUGGCAGUGGCAUCAACCUUAAAUAGGGGUCUUGACAGUUAACUAGAGUAACAGGAGGAAUGGAUCCAUGUAGUAGAGCUAAGUUUGUAGUCACUGAGAGUGACCAGUAAACACGUUACGAUUUUUUUCCCAGCCACACUGUAGCACAUGGGUGCUUACCCAGGAUAUGGGAUGUUGUAGCAUUAUACACAGAAACAGAAGAUAAACAUGUGAUAAGUAAUUCCUAAAUGUCUAUCAAAAUAAAAGGUACUAGCAUAAGAAAAAUAUAAUAACCAGGUAAAUUCAUAAAAACUUUAAUGAAUUAUUAAAAUACAUCUAAGAAGAAUAUGAAGAAAGUUAUAUAGCAUUACUCAAGUAAAAGACCUGGAUUUAAAGCUAAAAGUGUAUAAAACAACCCCUUUCCUAUUAUUUCAAUCCAGUGGGAGAACAUUCCAUAGAAUUUUUCAUGGUAGGGGAAAAAAAAUAAAAUGAGAAGAAUCAGUUUUGCCUGAAUGAAACCUUACGGAUUAAUAAGGUGAGCUAAUUUGUGAAGGUUCAAGAUUUGAUUACAUCUUAGGGGACCAAAAAUAACUGGCUAUGGGAAACCUUAGAAAAUGAGAGGAAUUUGUAAUAAUGCUGUCUGAAUUAAACUACCACAUUGAACACUGAUUGAAAUUGAUGAGGUAAAGACCUUAACAGUAUCUCCAAAAUGAAACAUCUGUAACCUAGUGGAGUCAUCACAAAGACUGAGUACCUCCAACCUGAAUGUAACGAAGUACUAGUAAUGUUUACUUUAAUGGGUGUGAUGCAGUUUAGAAUUGGCAAUGAUAAUUGAUUUCUAUAUUUCUCCCCCUAGAGUUAAAGUACCUGCUUUGAAUUUUUCAUGGUAGCUCUGUGACCCUGCCGUGUUCUUUAUGUUUGGCACUUAAGUAUAUAACAAAUCCUGGCUGUUAUUUUUACCCUCUACUCAUGUCUUCAGAUAUUUCAUAUAAUACUAAUACUCAAAUUUUAUUUCCUGCUUAUUCCUUUCUACAGCACCAAAUCUGUAUCUCUACCCACUGUGUAUCUGUCUCCUUUUAAGUAAAUGUCAGUUUCACCAUAUCUAAAUUCCCCCAGUAUCCACCAAAACCAGUAUUACAUUUCAUAUCAAUAAACAGCAUUAUCAGUAA